AUGUCCACACCUGUCCUGUCGCCACGCCCGCGCGGUCCCUCACACUCACAUACAUCUUCUCGCCCCCGCGGUUCGGGAUCGACACCAAUGACCAGGCCAACAAACCCAAUGCAUUCAUCCAACACACUGCCGCCGCUAACUCCUCGCAUGAAUGGCAUCGCAAAGACGCCCAGCCAUGUCGCCUCACAUAAGCCAAAGGAGCCAUCCACCCCUUCACCAAAUUACUUUGGCCUUGCCGUCAGCAAUACCGACCACUUCUCCUCAAGCGCUGCACAGCACAUUCGCGGAAACUGGAGUCCACCUAAUUCCAAUGUACGCUCUACAGCCGCUGCCUCUCCAAGGAUCAUACCUGUCGAACAGAACCCGGAAUUCGAACAGUUUAAGAAGCAGUCGGAAAACAACCGCGCGUUUGCACUUGGCAGCUUUGACUUUGCAUCGCCCGGCCUGAAAGCUGCAUCGAAGAACUCCUUCUUCGCCAACUUCGACUCCUCACAGCUAUCGUCUUCACAAUCAAUGCCUCCGCUCGAGCGAACCGACAACAAGAGUGAUACAAGCGACGACCAAGAUUUAUCCCCCAAGCCACGCUCCCCCAAGCGCAUGCUGUCCGAAGAGUCCUCUCUGUUCCCUGACCGACCACGACGAAAUUCGCCCGCUAGUUUCGACGGUCCUGGGCGCUCAGAUGCUGUAGCACAGUUUGCUGAACCGCGCAUGCCACGGCCAUCAUUGCCCUACAAUCAAUCAUACAUCUCACACCUUUCAAAGUCGAGCCGCUCCGAGACACUGCCUGCAACUUUUGAGGAAGGAUCUGGCACCGAUGGACCUACCAUGACGUCCCCCCAGCACGUUGUCAACAUAUUGCAAUCUUCAGUCGAAGAAGUCCUUCUCCUCGAUCUCCGUGUUUCGACGCAAUACGCAAAAUCUCGCAUCACGGGCGCCCUGAGUUUAUGUAUUCCCACGACCUUGCUCAAGCGCGCGUCUUUCAAUGUCCAAAAACUUGCCGAAACAUUCAAACAAGACGACCAAAAGGAGCGUUUCGAACGUUGGAGAAGCUGUAAGCACAUCAUUGUUUACGACGCCAAUUCCUCGCAGCUCAAGGAUGCAACGGCGUGCGUCAAUACUCUCAAAAAGUUCACCACGGAGGGAUGGUCCGGUGGUACGUUCAUCAUUCGUGGGGGAUUCCAGGAAUUCUCGGCAAGAUUCCCGUCUUGGAUCACGUCUCAGGGCUCGGGAAGUCCAACGUCUGGAACAGCUGCUCUCAGCCUCAACUCUGAUCUGCCGGCUGUCGCACCUGUUAUUGGCGGCUGCCCCAUGCCUGCAACACAGAAUGCGGCAAAUCCUUUCUUUGGCAAUAUUCGGCAAAAUAUGGAUUUGAUCGGCGGUGUCGGCCAAAUGCCUGUGAAGCUGCCUACAGGCAUGACCCAGUCAGUUCAAGAAGACCUCCCCAAGUGGCUGCAAGCAGCCUCAAAACCCCAAGACAAGGGCAAAACCGUUGCCGAGCGUUUUCUGCAGAUUGAAAAGCGCGAACAGAAGCGCAUGCAAAAGGCCCUGUCUGGCCAAGUCGUCUACAAUGCGCCCUCAUCGGGCAAUAGUCCAUCUGAACACAUACAAAUCGCAGGGAUUGAAAAGGGAUCGAAGAACCGCUAUAACAACAUCUGGCCAUAUGAGCACACGCGUGUCAAGCUUGAGGGUGUCGCCGAGGGAAGCUGUGAUUAUAUCAAUGCCAACCACGUCCAAGCCGCAUAUUCCAACAAGCGUUAUAUUGCAACGCAGGGUCCCAUUCCGGCUACCUUCAAAGACUUUUGGAACGUGGUGUGGCAGCAAGACGUUCGCGUCAUUGUCAUGCUUACCGCCGAGCAAGAAGGCGGCCAGGUAAAGGCCCAUAAUUACUGGUCAGAGAAGCAAUACGGGCCGUUGCAUCUCAAAAGCCUUGGCGAACGCAAGGCAUCUCUAGAGCCAUCCAAGAUCCACCGUCACAGGGAACAGUCCAGACCACCAAUCGGCCAGCGCCGGUCAACCAACCCGCCCAGGCUUGCCAACUUCACUGCGGAAGCAACCGCCGCACCCACUAGUCAGGAGCAGCCGUACGUCACUGUCCGCAAAUUCACUCUCUCAAACGAUGACGAGCCAUUUGCGCGCAUGCGUGAGAUUACUCAGCUCCAAUAUUCUCACUGGCCCGAUUUUGGCGCGCCAGCCCAUCCCGCCCAUCUUUUGGGUUUGGUUGAGCAAACAGAUGCUGUCGUGCGCUCCGUCAACGGAGGCUCACCUUCACAGCCCGACCCGCCUAACACACGCCCUAUUCUUGUACACUGCUCUGCCGGGUGUGGGCGUACCGGCACAUUCUGCACCGUAGACUCGGUCCUGGACAUGCUUAAGCGGCAACGACAAGCUCGCCAUGCGAAGCAGACCAAUAACAACUCCAACAACAAAACAUCCGAAAAGGAAGUAAAAGACGACGAAUGGGUCAACAACGAAGACAUUGACCUGAUUGCCAAGACGGUUGAAGAUUUCCGUCUGCAGCGCCUCAGCAUGGUGCAGAGUUUGCGACAGUUUGUGCUCUGCUAUGAGAGCGUCAUGGAGUGGCUUGUGGAGCAACAUCCCAAGUCUGCGUAG